AUGGAGGCUGCAGAACACCAUCAAGCCGAGCGAGAAGGCGCCGACAUAACCGCAUCGGACAUGCUGGUUCCCGAAGAAGAAAGCGAAAUCGUGAAUUUCUACCGGGACUCCACGGUAUUCAUAACGGGAGGGACGGGUUUCCUGGGCAAGCUGGCCGUAGAGAAGCUCCUGAGGACCUGCGAGGUCGCCAAAAUCUACAUCCUGGUGCGAGCCAAGAAGGGCAAGGACCCGCAGAAGCGGUUCGAGGAGCUCUUCGACGACCCGAGUUUCGAGCCCUUGAAGCGGAAAGAUCCGACUCUCCUACGAAAGGUGGAGACGGUGAACGGGGACGUGAGUUUGCCUAAUUUAGGAAUGACUGAAGAUGAUCUGGAAUUAAUCAAAUCUGAGGUGGAUGUAGUUUUUCAUUUCGCAGCCACUGUUAGAUUCGACGAAAAGCUCCGUACAGCUUGCAAUAUAAACGUCCGGGCGGUCAGAGAUCUGAUGAGAAUUGCCAAGGAUAUGAAGAAAUUGAGGGCCCUAAUACACGUAUCAACGGCAUUUUCGAAUUGCGUACACACAACCAUCGAAGAAAAAUUCUACGAUCCUCCAAUAACCGCCGAAAAACUCAUAACAUUAGUCGAUUGUUUGGACGAUAAUAAAUUAGAUAAAAUUACUCCAACUCUACUAGGAGAUUUUCCCAACACUUACGCCUUCACGAAAUGCGUGGCAGAAAACGUUUUGAAAGCGGACGGAUCGAAUUUACCGGUCGGUUUGUACAGGCCUUCAAUCGUAAUCGCCACCGUGAAAGAACCGGUAGCCGGAUGGAUAAACAACAUAUACGGCGCGACCGGCGUGCUUUUAGGCGUUGCCGUCGGUUUAUUGAGAGUAUUGCACGGCAAAUCGAGCAAUCACGCUGAUAUGGUACCGGCUGAUUACGUUAUAAACAGUGUACUGGCCGCAGCUUGGGAAGUUGCCACUAUAAAAACAAUAAACGACAAUAAAGAGAUUCAGGAGAAGGAUAGCAGGGAAGAAAAAUUCGAAAAGGAAAUGCCCAUUUACAAUUUCGUCAGCACGCCUGAGAAGCCUUUGACCUGGGAUUUAUUUCAAGUUUUAAGUACCAAACAUUGUAAGCAAAUUCCAUCGGAACAAUGCAUUUGGCACAGUUACUUCAGGAUGAGGGAGAAUAAAUGGGUUUAUUUGGUAUUAGUGUUUUUACUACACACAGUUCCAGCUUACAUUGUCGAUUUUAUGGCUUUUUGUAUAGGAAAGAAGCCAAUGAUGGUCAAAGGCUAUAAAAAAAUCAACAAAUUCGCCGACGUCCUGUCGUAUUUCUGCCAGAGACAAUGGACCUUCAGUAACGAGAACGUCCAAUCGCUGUGGAAACGCCUGAAGAACAAGGACCAGGAACUGUUCGAAUUCAGCAUGAAGAGGGUCGAUUGGGACCUCUAUUUCUACACGUACACGAGAGGCGGGCGGGUGUACGUGAUGAAAGAUCCGCUCGAUACCAUCCCCAAGGGGAAAGUCAAGUACUGGAAGUUGUUGUUCGCGCACUAUACGCUUGUGGCCAUCCUGGUGGCCGUGUUUUUCAAAUUCUUUAUGGUUCUGUUCGAUGUUAUUUUUUAG